AUGCCCAUGAACAAAUUAAAUGUAUUAUUCUGGAUGUCUUAUAUUCAUUCAUUACAAAUACUCUCAGUAGUUCCACAAACAUAUAAAAUGUAUGAAAUUAACUUGCGAAAUACUUACCCAGGAAAAUAUGACUUUUAUAUAAAAAACCAUUAUCCGCCAGUUGAUAAGAUUCCAAUUAUCACUGAAGUCAAAUCACCACUAUCUAAUAUUCAAGGAUUUGUUUAUAUUCAUUCUAAUCAGACAACUGAUACCUACAUUAAAAGCUUGUAUUGUUUUUCAAGCGAUUUUACAGACACUAACCAGAUAUUUUACCAAUUUGAAUUUACUACAGCCUUAAAACAAAAAAAUAUUCUUAACAUACAAAUUCCUUCAAUGCUGUUUAAUAAUGCACUAGAGUCUCAGUAUGGCAUUGAAGUCAAAAAAACUUUCGGAAAUAUUAGUAAUAUAGGUUUGAAAAUACAAAAUAAUUUUACAGAAUUUAUACUGUUAAAUAAGGCGAAAACAAUUUCAUCUUCUCGUCAACUUCUUGACGAAUUAACAAACAGACCCGGAUCAAGAAUUAAGCAUUCUUUAGAAAGCGAAGAUUACAUUUUAGCAUUUUUUGAUAGAGACUAUAAUAAGAUCAUUAGUUUUCUAAAUGAAUUUAUUUCGUUAUUACAAGAAGACGAUGUUUUUUUACAACAUCAGCUGCCUAUGUUUUUUAUAAAUUUUGUAAAAAAUAAUUUAAAUACUUUUUGGGAAGAAGAACUUAUAUUCUCUUUUAAAGAUUUUAAUACUUUUAAAGAUAUUCAUUUAUUGAACUGCUUUUUUACAGAUUUAAAAAACUUAUUUUGGUUAAUUGAGGAUCCAAAUCACAAAUUUGCACUUACUGAUCAUGAUCAAUGUAUCGGAUCGCUUUAUGGUAAUUCUUGUGUUAAUGUUUUAUUUAACUUUCAAGAAGACGUGGAUGAAAAAACUUUAAAAUGCUUUGUUUACGACAAAAAGAAUAACAAGUUGAACUAUAAACUAAUGAUUGAUACAACAAAAAGAAAAAUUUUUAUAAUGUUUAAAUUACGUUAUUUGAAAGAAUCUAAUAUUAAACAAAUAGAUUGCAUAAUUCAGACACCAAAAAAACAUUUUAAAUCAUGUGAUAUUAAUUUAAUUGGAUACUUAUAA